ACAAAAGAAAGGAAAAAAGGAGGCAGGCAAAGAGGACUUUGCAUGAUGGCGGCUGCAAGCGUAGAUCUACCGUCCCGGGGCUUUUCAUUUGAGAAUUGUCGUAGGAAUGCCUUUUUGGCUUCUAAAGGUUAUCCUACACCUAAAGCUACAAAGACAGGGACCACCAUUGCCGGAAUAGUGUUCAAGGAUGGUGUCAUUCUCGGCGCAGAUACACGUGCUACUUCGGGUGGCAUCGUGGCAGACAAGAACUGCGAGAAGAUACAUUACAUAGCGCCCAACAUUUACUGCUGUGGCGCAGGCACUGCUGCAGACACGGAUAAGACGACAUCGUUGAUUUCAUCACAGCUAGAACUUCACCGGCUGGCAACUGGCAGAGAAGUGCCGGUGCGCACUGCAAACAUGAGGCUGAAGCAGAUGCUGUUUCGCUACCAGGGCCACAUAGGUGCUGCCUUCGUGCUCGGCGGAGUGGACAGCACGGGGGGGAGCAUCUACAACAUCUUCCCCCAUGGAUCGACGGACAGGCUUCCUUACGCCACAAUGGGUUCAGGAUCCCUGGCGGCCAUGGCUGUGUUUGAGCGAGACUGGAAGCCAGACCUGACGCUGGAAGAAGGCAAGAAGCUGGUGCGAGACGCUAUUGCCGCAGGUAUUUUCAAUGACCUGGGCUCUGGAAGCAACGUCGACCUCUGUGUCAUCACGAAGGAUGGAAAGGAGUAUAUCCGUCCCUACGAGGAGGCCAACAAGAAAGGAGUGAGGCAUCUGAGCUACAAGUUCAAGAAAGGAACAACAUCCGUACUGUCGAGUACCACUAUACAACUCGAAGUAGAGGAUGUUACUGUCGAGGCCAUGGAUACCUCGUCCUAACCUCCUCUCCUUUUGCGACGCGUUCUAAUAAAAAAGUUUUCCACAAGGGGAAGAGAAUGAAGUAAUAGAUCCACUUGUUGGAAAAACCUCAUCUCAACGUACUACUGCCAUUCUUUGGCUUCUGAUAAUGGAAAAGUACGUACUAAGUACUACAAGUAGAUAUAUAUUAGACUUGUAUUUAAAAUUGAAUAUCCGCGUGCGGAAGUUUUGUUGUUCCCAGAAAUGUAGUGAAAUGUGACUCCAGACCUGGACAGCAUCGUGCAAAGAAGACGGCAGUUUUAAUGAAAAUAUGUAUACACACACCUAAACAUUGCACAAUGUU